GGCCGCCUAUAGGUGGUAGGGUAGGGUGGGUGGUACCGCUCAGAUUGCGGCCAAUCUUCCUAACCGCGCGCGGGCCGGGCUUAGAGCGCGUGAAACUCAUCACUACCUCGUAAGGGCGUUGAGACCAUAGCAUGUUACACGAAAGCGCCGCUUUCUCUGUAGUGUUGUCACACAGCUGCCCGCCUAGAAGAGCCACUCGCUCUGUAGUGUUGUCACACAAGAUAAGCACGCCGCCCGCCUGCUGGCCGGGCGAAUCGAAGUUCUCUUCCGGUCAACUGUCCACCCAGUCAAGUGCAAAAAACACAGUAGAAUCACGCAACGCACGCUGCUGGUGUGCUUCCUGCUCGCGAGGAAAGAAAGAAGAGCGACAAGGUUCAGAUUUGACUGUUUGCAGCAUGGGAGCAGAUUCCCCAAAAAAUCCCUGGGAACAAUAAAAAAAAAGAUAUCUCGAUAACGAAAACUAUAGGGGGCUGUAUUGGCGAGAUCCAACGGUGAACAGCUUCCCAAAAGAAAAACCGCCUGGAAGUCCGAGGACCUUUAGUACUGUACUCUACCCCCGAACCAGCAGCCUUCGCGCCAAGCAAGACCGCCCUUGUCCCUUUCCUUUCUCCAUUCCGCCUCCUUCUUUGCUUUGUUUUCCAAUAGAGUAUAAGGCAAGGUGGUUCGUAUGCCUACUUUACCUACUUGACGAAAGGGAACGAACUUUGUUUCAUUUCCGGGGUUAUGAAUUGGAUUCAGUAAGCCUCACGACAUAAUCAAAAGGAAGGAGUAAGGCUUUUGUUACCGGCCAAAGGCGACCCUCUCGAGUUUCCGGCUGUUUCCUAGAUUGAAGUAGCCUUUCGUCGCCCUACCAAACGAAUUCACUAUCAAACAGCUCGCCCUAUUUAAGUACCAAAGGUGCGCUCAGCCCGGUGACUAAGAAAUGGGGUUGCCCUUUCAUUGAAGUGAUGAGGUCGGAAAGAGGGAAGUAGGGCUCCUAUUGACUAAAGGUUGGUUCUUCGCUUUCCUUUAGAAUGAAAGUGGCUAUGAAGCCCCUACUACUUACUUUUUUUUUUUUUUAGUGCAACAAUGAAAGUGACUGCGCCCUCUUCCCUGCAGCUUUCCAUAUUUUGUAUUGAACGCAUGGCGUAGCUAGGACCCUUCAAAUCAUGUUUGAGCCUAUGUGAAAACCCACCCCCUAUUUGACUAAGGCUGGAAAGAAUGCCCACCAAGUUCAGCCCACGGAGCGGGAAUGCUUUCCCCAACCAUUCAAGGAAAGACUCGACGAAGGGAAGGAAAACGCUUUUUUUACCGAGUUCCGCCCGCUGGCCUAUUGGGAUAGCAGCCUUCGGGCUUUGCCUGCCCUUUCAAAAUUCCGGCUCGGCCCGGGAAAGCGCUGGCAACAACAGAAAGGAAGGGGUCCAUGUAGCUGCUGCGUCCGCCCCCUUCUUAGUCAAUGGGGCACAGCGGGUUCGGCAUCUACUACAAAAGAGAGAAUCCACUUAAGAUAACCACGCCUCUGCUAGGCAGCGUGUGGAAUGGCCGAGAGCGGACCUUUUUGGAUAUAUAAUCCAAGUCGAGAGUAGAGUUACGGGAACAGCCGUCUGAUGGAAAACAACUUUCACGUUCGGUUCAGAGAGCACUUUUUUCGUUGAGAAUUCCUCGUUCCCUUUCGUGUGAAUUCCCCAGCGACGAAUUCAAAACUUGUGGGGCCCUAUCUAUUCCAUCUCUCGAGCCCCGAAGAAAACCCCCUCCCCUUCGGACUCCAUAUCCC